AUGAUACAUUCGACCGAGGGCCCUGUCAAGCAGCAGCUUGAAGACAAGCUUCCCAAGCGCUUCAAGGGCAUCAAGUUCGGCAUCCAGUCGAACCAAGACAUUGCCAACCAAGCCGUUCUCGAAGUGUCGGACCGAUUACUGUACGAUAUUGAGAAUAACCGAGCGCCGUAUCGUCAUGGACCUUUAGAUCCAAGGCUAGGAACCUCAAGCAAGAGCGGGAAAUGCGACACUUGCCAUGACUCUCUGCAGAACUGCAUUGGACACUUUGGCCAUGUCAGAUUACCUCUGCCGGCGUUUCACAUUGGCUACUUGAGGUUCAUCAUGUCCAUUCUGCAGGAGAUUUGCAAGGACUGUGGAAGAGUAUUGCUUGAAGAGCCCGAGCGGCGGUCCUUCCUCAAGGAGCUGAGACGGCCCAUGGAUAACCUUCGCCGCACGCAGAUUUGCAAAAGAAUCAACGAACAGUGUCGCAAGGCCAAGACGUGCCCUUACUGCGCAUCAGUGAAUGGCCAGAUCCGAAAGAUUGGCGUUCUGAAACUGACACACGACAAAUUUUCCUUUUACAAUAAAUCUACCGCCGCGAAAAAGGUCCCCCCUGAAAGCAAAGUCAAGUUUGACGGCUCGUUCUCCGAGGCAAAGCGCGAAAAUCCCGAACUUGAGAAGCACCUUCGCAAGGCCAUGGAAGAUCUCAACCCUCUUAGAGUUUUAAACCUCUUUAAAAUGAUUAGCCCAACAGACUGCGAACUACUUGGUCUUGAUCCAGUUGAAGGGCGUCCAGAAAUGUUCAUAUGGCAAUUUGUGCCUGCUCCCCCAGUGUGUAUCAGACCUUCAGUAGCACAGGAUAAUGCGAGCAACGAAGAUGAUCUCACGACAAAAUUAGCUGAUAUUGUUUGGGUGAGUGGUAUGAUCCGAUCAGCCCUGCAAAAGGGCUCUCCCAUCCAAACUAUCAUGGAACAGUGGGAGUACUUGCAAACUCAGAUAGCCAUGUACGUCAAUAGUGAUGUGCCGGGUCUGCAACAGCCAGGAUUUGGGAAGUCUACCAGAGGUUUUUGCCAGCGCCUCAAGGGAAAACAAGGCCGGUUCAGAGGAAAUCUAUCAGGCAAGCGGGUCGAUUUCUCCGGCCGCACAGUUAUUUCGCCUGAUCCCAACUUGGGGAUCGACCAAGUUGCUGUCCCCCAGCUUGUUGCCAAGAACUUGACAUAUCCCGAAAAAGUCAAUCGGCAAAACAUCGCAAAGCUACGUCAAUGUGUCCGGAACGGCUGCGAUGUCUGGCCUGGCGCCCAGGGAAUCUUGAAGAAAGAAGACGACAGUUACUACAAGUUCAACUUGCGGUUUGGUAAUAGAGACUUGGCAGCCAAGCAACUGAGUUACGGCGAUAUUGUCGAACGCCACCUCGAGGACGGCGAUGUGGUGCUGUUCAACCGUCAACCUUCACUCCACAAGCUCAGUAUUAUGAGCCACCUGGCCAAGAUUCGACCCUGGAGGACAUUUCGUCUCAAUGAGUGUGUGUGCAACCCUUAUAACGCUGACUUUGAUGGCGAUGAAAUGAACCUUCACGUUCCUCAGACAGAGGAGGCAAGAGCAGAGGCCAUCAACCUCAUGGGUGUGAAGUACAAUUUAGCUACACCCAAGAACGGAGAGCCAAUUAUUGCUGCGACGCAGGAUUUCAUCACGGCUGCUUUCUUGCUAAGUAGCAAGGAUCGAUUCUUCGAUCGCAAGUCGUUUUCAUACAUUUGCAUGCACAUGAUGGAGCAGGGCACCAAAAUAGAAGUCCCUGCUCCUGCCAUUGUGGCACCAAAGGCCCUAUGGACUGGAAAACAAAUAUUCAGCGUCAUGAUGAGACCAAACAGGAAUUGUUCUGUCAAGAUCAACCUUGACGCAAAGUGUCGAGCGUACAAAGCGCGCCCCGGCCAGUGCCCUGAUAUGGACCCAAACGAUGGCUGGCUUGUUGUUCGCAAUUCAGAGGUCAUGUGUGGCCGUAUGGACAAGUCGACUGUCGGAUCGGGAAAGAAGGAUUCUAUCUUCUACGUGAUUCUUCGAGAUUUUGGCCCGGACGAGGCAGUUGUCGCCAUGAAUCGUUUAGCGAAGCUUUGUGCCAGAGCGCUCACUAAUCGCGGAUUUUCCAUCGGCGUUGGUGACGUCUUCCCGACGGAGACUUUAAACGUCGAGAAAGAAAACCUAGUGUCGACCGCCUACAAGAUGUGUGACGAUCUUAUCGAGACUUUUAAGCAGGGCAAACUAGACAAGGCUCCAGGUUGUAACAUGGAGCAGACUCUAGAAAACUCAAUUUCUGGUAUCCUCAGCAAGGUUCGACAGCAGGCUGGUUCUUACUGUAUUGACACUCUGUCUCGAAAUAAUGCCCCCCUUAUCAUGGCUCAGUCUGGCUCCAAGGGCUCCGACAUUAAUGUCGCACAAAUGGUGGCAGUUGUCGGUCAACAAAUUAUCGGUGGACAGCGAGUUCCUGAUGGAUUUCAAGACAGAAGUUUGCCUCAUUUCCACAAGAACGCCCGCCAGCCCCCAUCAAAAGGUUUCGUCAAGAACAGUUUCUACACGGGUCUUCUCCCCACAGAAUUCUUAUUCCACGCUAUCUCUGGUCGUGAAGGUCUGGUUGAUACUGCUGUUAAGACUGCUGAAACCGGUUACAUGUCGCGGCGACUAAUGAAGUCAUUGGAGGACUUGUCGACUCAGUAUGACGACACAGUUAGAACUUCAGGAGGCGGAAUUGUUCAGUUCCAGUUUGGUGCUGAUAAGCUUGACCCUGUUGACAUGGAGGGCUCAGCUGAGCCUGUUAAUUUUAAGCGAACUUGGAGUCAUGCCGAGACGCUUACCUGGGAUAAUGAAGAGGCCGCCAUGACCCCUGGCGAAAUCAGAGCGUUUUGCGAUUCCAUGCUUGCUGUGGAGCGAAGGCGGUUUCCCAGGCACGGCUUGGCAUAUGGCGAAAAGCUCGAUUACGACGACACAACCGAUUACGGCAUUGAUGAGCACGAGGGUGCCCGACGCUUCCUGAAGACGAUUGAAAGCCAUGUGGAAGGGUUGGCCUCCAAGCUUGAAAAGGUCCGAGAGCUGGCUGGAUUCGAUGGCGAUAGGAUGCUCAAGGCCACCGCUCAAGACCAUGCUGACCGCACUGCAAAGGUGACAACAACAACGCUGCGUCUCUUCAUCAAGAUGUGUCUCGAAAAGUACAAAAAAGCUCACGUGGAGCCCGGCCACGCCGUCGGAGCCGUCGGAGCCCAGUCGAUCGGUGAACCUGGUACGCAGAUGACGCUGAAAACUUUCCAUUUUGCCGGUGUCGCCGGCAUGAGCAUCACACAGGGUGUGCCGCGUAUCAAAGAAAUCAUCAACGCCUCCAAGAAUAUCAGCACGCCGGUGAUUACGUGCCCCCUGAUGAACGAUCAACAAAUCGAGGCUGCAAGAGUCGUCAAGGGCCGCAUCGAAAAGACGUACAUCUCAGACGUGCUGCACUUCGUGGAGGAUGAAUGGCGUCCCGACGAGGGCAACGUGGUGCUGCAGAUUGACCGAAGCGCUCUGUCCGACCUCCACCUGGGCAUUGGUGUUCACGACAUUGCCGAAUCUAUUUGCAAGCAGCGAAAGCUCAAGAUUCUCCGUGAGGACCUGUCCGUCUUCGGCGACAGACUCGUCAUCCGAGUACGAGAUGCAAGCGACAUGCCGGCCAGAAAGACGACGCGCACCAAGCCAGCCCUCGAGGACAGCGGCGACAUGCUACUACGCGCCAACUUCUUGCGCCGGGCGCUUCCGCUCGUCCCUAUCUCGGGGUAUUCGGAGGCCACUCGUGCCAUUAUUCAGACGUCAGAGCAGAACACGCACAAGGUGCUGGUCGAGGGUUAUGGACUACGCGAGUGUAUGACCACAGAAGGUGUCAUUGGCACCAAGACCCGGUCCAACAAUGUCAUGGAGUGUCGCGACGUUCUUGGCAUCGAAGCUGCACGAACCACCAUCGCCGACGAGAUCAGCCAGGUCAUGGGCGACAUGGGCAUCGAUCCUCGGCACAUGCAACUUCUGGCUGACGUCAUGACGUACAAAGGCGAGGUGCUGGGCAUCACACGAUUCGGUCUGUCCAAGAUGCGAGAUAGUGUGCUGCAGUUGGCAUCCUUUGAAAAGACGCCAGACCACUUAUUCGAGGCUGCGGCGGGCAUGAAGACGGACCAGAUUGAGGGUGUAAGUGAGUGUAUCAUCAUGGGACAGACGAUGGCCGUGGGCACGGGUGCAUUCCAAGUUGUACGGCGGCUGGGGAUUCGGCCUGGAGAUGUGGCGCAGAAGAAGACGUUGUUUGAGGAUGCGUGGAAUUCAGCGGUGACGAGCAAAAGGAAGGCAAGGAAACGGGCGUAG